AUAAAUACUAUACGUGUGUUCAAGGACGCGUAAGCCUAACCUAAUAGUAACGCGCAGUUCAGCUGCUGCGCUUGACACUUUUUAAAUUCACCUUAUGUUAACGCAUCAUCAGCGCCAACUGGUGGCCAACAAUGGAAACCUAGGUAGAUUGUAAAUUUCGCGUGAGUACAUACGUUUUCAGUUUUCACAUAAACAGUGGAAAAAGUUAACAAAAAAAAAAUACGACAUUGUUUGUUUCAAAAAGUUUUUGUUUGAGAUCAGUACACGUAGCUUCUAAAAACACCCACACAGUGCUUACAUUUUCCACUCUGUCCAGCUGGACACGAAUCCCAAACAUCCAAAACAUUAGCAAUCUUGUUGCUCUGUGUCUCUCGUGUCGUCUGCUCUUUUUUAACAAGCCUCAUGAAAUAAAAGUACAUUUGUCUAGAGUAAAUUUCAAAUGAAAGAUCGAGUGCUUGUGUUCGUGACCAGCUGGACAGAGUGGAAAAUGUCGGCACUGUGUGGGUGUUCUUAUGUACUUAAACAGGUACGUACCAUUAUCAUAGUAUGUAUGACAAUUUUCAAUAGUUUUUUUCUAUUUUGAACCUAUGGCAUGCAUGACAAUUUUCAAUGCAGUUUUUUUUUCUAUUUUAAGAGUUUCUGUUUCAAGUAUACAAGAAGCUACGCGUACUGAUCUCAAACAAGAACUUUUUGAAACAAACUUACGGGACAUAUAAUCCUCGCGUCGGAAAUGGUUGUAGCAGACGCACAUAUUGGAGAUUAUAUUUUUCCCAAUCUUGCAAGCAAUUACCCAUUUCUUGCGCAAUUUUUCAUUUUUAGGGAAUCUGUAGAAUGACCUACUUUUAUCAAAUUUGCACUGUCGCACACAACACCAAUGUCCUAGUUUAUUUUUUGUUAACUUUUUCCAUUGUUUAUGUGAAAACGUAUGUACUCACGCGAAAUUUACAACCUACCUAGGUUUCCAUUUUUGGCCACUAGUUGGCGCUGGUGGUGCGUUAACAAGGUGAAUAGUCGUCUGCUAGUACGGUUCCCGAGGAGAGUAUAAGGAGCUUUGAAUUUCGCGGCGCGCCCCCCACGAUCGCGAUAAGUCGAUCCCGCGCGCAAACGUCGCGCUUGCGCCGGAAACGAACGAGUCGAUUCGCGAGAGGUCAAGAUCGAGAACGGAGCAGCGCCACUCGUCCUCUUCCGGUGCGGACGUGCCACGGGCUCUCAGGGUAAUAUUUUUCGUCUAUCAUUCACGUCUUGAUUGCGCUAGUUCGUAGCGGCGCCGAGGCCUCGGAAAGACUUGCCAGCCCGAGGGCAGCCCGUCCCGCGGCGCAACGCAGCUAAAUCGUCCGACUUCGCCGGCCUGGAGACUCGCAAAUUCGCUUGUUAUACCCGCAGUCAGUCUCCGACCGACAUCUCGGACCGCCGCUACACACACUGCUCUGCUGCCUCGCCUAACAUAGCAAACGAGAGAGAGAAGCUGCUGAACACGUAAUAACCAGCAGCCCAACGGGGAGGUAAAAAUUUUCUUGGGAUAGAUCUCGAAUACGAGGUCUUUUUUUGAGAGAAAGAGCGCAGUUUUGUACUUGUAUUGUCUCGGUUUUGCAGUCGAGACCGACUCCAUUGCUUUCGUUCGCGUUGUUGCCAGAUUAUACUCCCGUUAUCGCCCGCGACUGACAAACAUGGCUUCUGACAUUUAAAUUGCUCCAAAAUAAUAUUUCUUGGAUUCAGUGCUUGAUUGUUCGAACCAAGUGUUUUACGCAAUCGUUCUUUGGAAAUAGUUCCUCUUUUCAAAUCAGUUUUACUGGCUGGAACCCGAGAAAAAAAGAUCAAAAUAAUGUCGACGGUUCUUGCUCAGUGGGUGUGGCUGUCAUAAGUUUGUAAAUCAAGUACUUGUACCAUUGAUUCGUAUGAGUGCUAUAAUCGAAAAGUUUCAAAAUGCAUUUCAAAGCGAGUACCGAACUCGACCUAUUCUACUUGAUCUGUAUCUUUCGAUAAGACCCAUUUAAAAACCGCUUCUCUUAUCACUUUUACACACAGCAAACAAUUGCUUCCUUAUAUGGUCAUAACCAUUGAAUUGGAUAUUCGUCGCAAAACGUAAUUUUUCCAUUCCAUAUCAGCUGAUCUGUCAUCUGUAAAAUUUAAGUGUAGAUAUUUUAUACACUAUGUCUGCAAAAUCGCGAUCAGCCGGUCUGCCAUAUUUUACUGGCAACGUCGCUCUCGAACAUUUUCGUGACGUCGCGCGCCACUUUACGUAAGUCCGAGCCCCGAGGCUAAGCCUGUAAAGUGCAGCGCCGCCGGCUCAUUGAUUUGUUCAUUUAUUCAGGACCUGAAUAUCGACUCGCGAGCAGGGCUUUGUCUGGCGAGGGGUAUCACAAAAAGAAACUGGGUUUCUUGGUGGACAAACUUCUAUGUUCUAACAGCCAAUUAUAGCUUGCAUGACUCUUUUACGUAUAUACCGCUGCUUUAUAGCGUUUUAUCGCCACGAUAUUUUAUUGCGCUCCCGUUUCCGCGCCGUUGAUAAUUUAUCCAUUACAAGUCGCUGUUUUAUAGAGAUUACCUGAUUUGCAAGCUUACGUAAAAAAAUCGUAAAUUUUGUCAUUCAAAAAUAUUUGUAGAACAAGUAAUCGCUGUAAAUAUAAUUGUCGACGUGUAUUUUUAAACAUAUGCAAACCGUCUCGCAAUUUCCACUGAAGCUUUCAGCGCCGCUAAUUAAAUUGUAAAUUUCAUGGCGUUUAAGUACACAUUCAGUAACGCAAAUACGAAGGCGUUCCGCUGGAUCUGCGCAGUUGAAAUUGCGAGUCCAAGUCGAGUGUUUAGCGAGUGCUGCAGCGACGAGACGAGAGGGGAGGGAAGACCACUUCCGUGUAGUCUCGAUUCUCUGAAAAAUGGCAGUCGUCUCGUCGUCGAGAUUUCUCCUUGACCUCGAAAAUGUAAAGGCCCAAUGCCGCGCACGAGCUCGUUUCAUGCUUUUUUCUCAACGCGUGUCGUGGAAUACCGCACACGCGUGUCCGAAAUUCCAUCGCCGUAAGAUACACGAUAUAGGUAAUAUUCAGCGUCGCGUCUCUCGUCGACUGGUGCGGAUAUAUAGUGAAAGUACCGUCGCGGCGUUGCCAAGCGAACUCUCCCGGCUAAUUAUGCUUUCGAAUUAGAGCCCGGCGACGGGGGUGGAUCGUUAUUUUUAGCGGGAGACCAGUGCUCCGUUUGCGCGAAUUAACGAAAGAAUUUUGAAAAAAUGUCUAUAAUUGUUUUGGGCUGUUUGAAUUUUCCGCCGGAUAACAACACCUAAGCGCGAUAGCGGCAACAUGGUUUUCCUCUGCGAUGUCAAAUUCUUCGAAAUAACUGCGUAAGAGCAAAAUCAUGGUGGGAGUCGAGAGAAACCGCGUCGCGAUUCGAGGAGAAGCAACUGCGUCAGAGGCAUUGCUGGGUAUUGUAGUUUUCGCGGGGUGCAGGGGAAUCGAAUCGAAUCGCCGGACGGUCAAAGACCGUAUACUAACGGUCAGCUCUUAAGGUCGAUCUGCAACAGUAGUUUUUCUUAUCGCUGCGGUGCCGUUAUCACUUUGUUCGCGCUGCGUUGAAUUAAACUGUUGAACAAGAGUUGCGCAUAAUUUUUAUUAUACAGCAUUAAUUCUUCCAUAACACUAUUGAAUUUUAUUUAAAAAAACGAACUUGAACGUGUAAGCUGAAAUGCUUGUCCUAGCGAGAAUUGCAGCUUUGUAAAAUUAUUGAUCGUCGGCGGACACCAAGUUCACCUACAAUUAAAUAACCAUUUCCUGUUAGCUGUUAUGUAUCGACCUUUAGGCAAUAAUUGUACCUCUGACGGUUUCUGAUCGUCAGCUUACCUCUGCGGGCCAGAGAGAAACGAGGGAACGUGGAACCCGGACGCGCCGCGCGUUGCAUGACGGGAUUGAACUCUACUACUAUAUGCUACUAUAUGCUCGAGUGUGUAGGUGGGGGAAGAGAGAGAGCAAGACGACGAAGAAGUAGGAACGAGGGAACAGGGGGGCGAGAGAGAGAGGGAGAAAGAACGAGAAGACGAGAACGAGUCGUCAGGCACAAAAUGGCGGCCACGCUCGAGCUCGUGAGCAUAUAGUGCGCGAAACUUAGUCGAAUUACGCGAUAUGUCGGGGAGCCGCGUCGCCGUUUUCGUCUGAAUAUUGCGCGUUUUAGUGCAGCGAAACGUUCUCGUAUUGUUGAUCGAGAAAACUUAGCGUUUGGAAACGUAGACCGCGCGUUGGAUCGAGAACUCUGCGACGCGUACACUGGUGUACGAUGCAGAAAACAGAGUCUGAAUCUGGUAAAGAAUCUGCAUCAGAUUCUGAAAAUGAGAGCAAAAGUGACAGUAGUUCCUCUGGAAGUAACUCAGGAUCUGGUUCAGGAUCAGAAAGUGACUCUAGCUCAUCUGGUUCUGGUUCAGCCUCGGGUUCUGACUCCGAAAAGUCAGACAAGUCAGAUGCACCUGCACAAAGCAUUCAAAGCAAAAGCUCUAACCACAGCACAGAAACAAAAGUUAGGCAUAAAAGCGACUCUAGUCGUGAAUGGGACGAGAAUCCUGAUAUAUAUGGCAUCAGGAGAUCUGCUCGUUCGAGAAAAGAGCCAGAUAGGCUCACAACAACUCAAGCAGACAGCGAAAGUGACGGCCGUAAGAAACUUAGUAAGAAAAGUGGUUCACGAAAUACGUGGAACUCAGAAAGUUCUGAUUCAGAAUCUGAAGAUGCAGAAGUUAGAAGACCACCUCCCAGCAAGUCGAUUAAUCGACGAGCUGCACAGAAGGCCAAGGAAAAAGCCAAAACAAAAAAAAGACGUGUGUCUGAGUCCUCAGAUAAUUCUUCAUAUGACAGCGAUGAAAGGAGACAAGUAACAAGACGGACAGGAGCACAAGUAAGUUAUAAAGAAGAGAGUGAAGCUGGUACAGAUAGUGAGGAUCUUAUGGAAGUAGAUGAAACUACUGUAGAACCAGUUGAACAUGAUAAUGCAGAGACUAUUGAGCGUAUUCUUGGCCAACGAAUUGGAAAAAAAGGAGUUGUUGGGAACGUUACUACUGUUUAUGCAGUCGAAGAGAAUGGAGAUCCAAAUCCAGAAAACCUGGAUGGUGAAGAGACUGAAACUCAGUACCUGAUAAAAUGGAAAGGAUGGGCGUAUAUCCAUAGUACAUGGGAAUCGAAAGAUUCUCUAACAACCCAAAAGGUGAAGGGAAUAAAAAAAUUAGAAAAUUAUGUUAAACGUGAACAAGAUAUUAAACAAUGGAAAAAGUAUGCAGGGCCUGAGGAUAUAGAUUAUUUUGAAUGUCAAUUAGAAUUGCAACAGGACCUUUUGAAAAGUUAUUACAAUGUUGAGAGAAUCAUAGCUGAAGCCAGCAAGCUAGAUUCUAACCAUCCAGACUAUUAUUGUAAAUGGGAGAGUUUGCCUUAUUCAGAAGCUACUUGGGAAGAUGGUGCUUUAAUAAUUAAAAAAUGGCCCGAAAAAAUACACGAAUUUCGAGAUCGCGAGGAUUCUAAAAAGACGCCUAGCAAGCAUUGUAAAGUAUUAAAAUAUAGGCCCAAGUUCCACCAACUGAAAGAGCAGCCUAGUUACAUGGGAAGAGAUGAAAACUGUCAUUUGAGAGAUUAUCAAAUGGAUGGUUUAAAUUGGAUGAUUCAUUCAUGGUGUAAAGAGAACAGUGUUAUUUUAGCUGAUGAAAUGGGUCUUGGAAAAACCAUUCAAACAAUAUGUUUUCUGUAUUACCUUUUCCACACUCAGCAACUGCAUGGUCCAUUUCUGUGUGUUGUACCUUUAUCAACAAUGACAUCUUGGCAAAGAGAAAUGGUCCAAUGGGCCCCAGAUAUGAACUUUGUUACUUACUUGGGCGAUGUUCAUUCUCGGAAUGUGAUCAGAGAAUUUGAGUGGUGUUAUGAUUCAAAAAGACUCAAAUUCAAUGCGAUAUUGACAACGUACGAGAUUGUUUUGAAGGACAAAGCUUUCUUAGGUGCUUUAAAUUGGGCUGUGUUACUAGUAGACGAGGCUCACCGGCUGAAAAAUGACGACUCGCUUUUAUAUAAAGCGCUAGCUGAGUUCAGCACCAACCAUCGGCUUCUCAUCACAGGAACACCGUUGCAAAAUAGUUUGAAGGAAUUGUGGGCCCUUUUGCAUUUUAUCAUGCCAAACAAAUUCGAUUCCUGGGAAGAGUUUGAAAAAGAGCACGAUAAUGCUGCACAGAAAGGGUAUUCAAAAUUACAUAAACAACUAGAACCUUUCAUUUUAAGAAGGGUGAAAAAGGACGUCGAAAAAUCUUUACCAGCCAAAGUCGAGCAAAUUUUGCGCGUCGAAAUGACGACUUUACAAAAACAAUAUUACAAAUGGAUUCUGACAAAGAAUUUUAAUGCUCUAAGAAAAGGGAACAAAGGCUCAACGUCAACGUUUCUGAAUAUUGUGAUAGAGUUGAAGAAGUGUUGUAAUCAUGCGUUUUUAACAAAACCAAAUGAAAAUGAAAAGAGAGAUAACAACGAGGAUUAUCUGCAACAACUGAUACGCGGCUCGGGUAAACUUGUCUUGUUGGACAAAUUGCUUGUUCGAUUAAAAGAGACCGGGCACCGCGUUUUGAUUUUCAGUCAAAUGGUUAGAAUGCUGGACAUUCUCAGUGAAUAUCUGCAAAAAAGGCAUUUCCCUUUUCAAAGGCUCGAUGGAAGUAUAAAAGGCGAAUUGAGAAAGCAAGCAUUAGACCACUUUAACGCACCAGGCUCUCAAGAUUUUUGUUUUCUUCUGUCUACUAGAGCUGGUGGGCUUGGUAUAAAUUUGGCCACGGCAGAUACGGUCAUUAUAUUCGAUUCUGAUUGGAAUCCCCAAAACGAUUUGCAGGCUCAAGCCCGAGCUCACAGAAUCGGACAAAAAAAUCAAGUGAACAUUUACAGAUUAGUAACGAAAAGUUCAGUAGAGGAAGAAAUCGUCGAACGUGCCAAACAGAAAAUGGUACUUGACCAUUUGGUCAUCCAAAGAAUGGAUACCACUGGUCGAACAGUGCUUGACAAAAAAAGUUCGAGUACUAACACAAAUCCUUUUAACAAAGAAGAUUUGACUGCCAUUUUGAAGUUUGGUGCGGAAGAAUUAUUCAAAGACGAAGAGGAUGGAGAUGAAGAACCUACGUGUGAUAUCGAUGAAAUUUUAAGGAGAGCUGAAACAAGAGAUGAGGGUCCUGCUACAGUUGGAGAUGAAUUACUUUCAGCAUUUAAAGUAGCUAGUUUUGCCGCUUUUGAGGAAGAAACCGAACCUAUUCCUCAAGUAAACGAAAAUGACGAUGAAAGUAAAGACUGGGCUGAAAUUAUUCCUGAAAACUUUAGGGCAAAGGUCGAAGAAGCAGAAAAAUCAAAGGAAAUGGAAGAUCUUUAUCUUCCACCUAGAAGUAGGAAAACCUUGCAGCAAAUUAACGAAAGUGAAGGCAAAGGCAAGAAAAAGAGGAAACCCCAGUCGGGUGACGAAAGCGAUGAGGAUGAAGAGUCUGGCAGUGACGAAGAAGGUAGCGACGAUGGCAAACCAAAGAAGCGAGGUAGACCACGAACGCAACCUCGCGAAAACGUCAAGAGCUUUACUGACGUAGAGAUCCGGCGAUUUAUUAAAAGCUACAAAAAAUUCCCGGCACCGUCCAAGAGAUUAGAUGAAAUAGCCGCGGAUGCAGAAUUAAACGAGAAGCCAAUGUCUGAACUAUCUUACUUGGCAGAACAAUUGCGAUCGCGCUGUGAAACUUGUCUAGCCGAGUCGGAGACCAACGUUGCCAAGGAAAACAAAGUUGAGGAAGAAGACGGCAAGGGACCAGGUAGAAAACGUAGGCGGGGACCAACUUUCAAAGUUGGCGGUGUCAUGGUUAACGCAAAAUCGUUUAGUGCUGCUGUUACCGAGCUUGAACCUUUAGAGCAGGCUUUACCCUCCGAUCCUGAACAACGAGCCAAUUGGCAAUUGGAUCUCAAAGUUAAACCAGCUAACUUUGAAUGUGAAUGGACGAUCGAAGACGACACCAGACUAUUGAAAGGAAUUUAUAUACAUGGGAUGGGUUCUUGGGAAGCAAUUAAAAUGGAUGAAAGUUUAAAAUUAGGUGACAAAAUACUUAUUAAUGGUAGUAAAGCUCAAAUUAAACGUAUUCAAACUCGGGGAGAAUAUCUCUUGAAAAUUCUUAAAAAACAAAUGGAUCAGAAACUUGGAGUGAAUAACAUUUGCUAUAACCUAUUCUCCUUUCACCUCGCAUCCCAGGCAAAGCAAAGGAAACCUCGAAAAACAAAAGACAUGAAAUCUGCUAUUACUAAAGAGAUAAUUGAAGAAAACGAAAGUUCGGGGGAUGAAAAGAAGCAUAAACCAAAGAUUGAGAAGCCCGUAAAAAAAGAAGAGGAAAUAGUGGUAAUGAAAAAAGAAGUCAAAGAAGAAAAUGAUAUAGUGGUAGAUGACAACAACAAAAAGAAAGAUAAGAAAGUAAAGAAAGAAAAGAAAGAAGGCAAAAAGAACAAGAAAACUAAGCAAUCUGGACCAAUGCACUUUACAGCAAAUAACGAGCCGCGAGCGCUUGAUGUUUUGGGUGAUCUAGACCCAUCUAUAUUCAAUGAGUGCAAAGAAAAAAUGAGGCCGGUGAAGAAAGCUUUAAAAGCUUUAGAUAAGCCUGAUCAGUCGCUUAGUGAAUCGGAGCAAGUAGCCCACACUCGCCAGUGUCUUGUACAAAUUGGAAAUCAAAUUAACACCUGUCUUUCAGAAUAUAAAGAUCCAGAACAAGUAAAAGAGUGGCGAAGUAAUCUCUGGUAUUUUGUGUCCAAGUUUACUGAAUUCGAUGCAAAAAAGCUUUACAAGUUGUAUAAACAUGCAACUAAAAAAGGUGACGGAGGCAGUGCGACGUCUAGUCCAGAAAAGAAAGAGGAAGCUAUUACCCCUAAGAAACACGAUGAGAAACAUAACUCGAAAAAUUCAACAGAGAACAGCAAAGAGAGUCGAGCGCUAAAGCGGCGAGCGGACUCUGAUGAAAACUCGAGCAAUGGUAACCCAGCAAAAAAGCAUGUGAUAUCUGCAUCGACUUUAGGCAGCAUGGGUACUUCGUCUUCUUUGACCAUUGGUGCCAUUACCAUUACGCCUGUCACAGCCGGACAGCAAAACUCGACGUUAAAUACGACGAACAGUGAUGGAUCUAGGAAUAAGGACCAAAAAGAUAGCAAGCACAAAGAGUCAAAGAGAGAAAGAGACCGUGAAAGAGAUAGAGAACGUGACAGAGAUCGAGAUAGAGACAGAGAUAGGGAUAGGGAUAGAGACAGGAGUCAUGGAGAUAGGAGUACAGACAGAGUAGGAGGAAUAAAGGACGAAAGAAUAAGGAGAGACAGUGGAGGGUAUCCCGGUGGUUACGGCUAUAGUGGUACCAGAGAAGACGAGCACUGGAUGGGCAGAGAUAGGGAUCCCCGCGAUGGCAGGUUCGGAGAUCACAAACGCGAAAGAUUCGACUCAUAUAAUAGAAUGUCAGGAGGAUACCAUCGAGAUAGAGAUAGAGAAAGAGACCGUGAUCGAAUGCACAUGAAUGAUAAAAGAGGAAGCGAUUACUAUCGCUAUCCGGGCGGUCCAGGAAGUGGCUACGGUGGAUAUGGCGGCCCGGGAUACGGCAGUGCAAAUGCUGGCGGUGGUAGUGCCUAUCCCCCUGACAUGCCUCCAGGACAUUUUCGCGGUGCCGGAGGUGGUAGCAGUGGCGGCGGUGGUAGUGGCGGCGGCGGCAGUGGUCGAACCUACCCAGGUGAUGGCUAUCAAGCCGAUGGCUGGCGGCAAGGCAAAGAUUAUCGCCGGGACUAUGACAGGCCGCGACCGCCUCCUAGUGCCAAUUCUUAGUGCUCCGAGAUCUUGCCACCGUCCUCAAGUUUGUGACGUCCUUUCGCCUAAACCGGAAAAAUCCAGAGAGCGAAUGGAUCUCUUGUCUCGACUUACUAACGUAUCAUCACCUCUCUUACGACACUGAAAAUAAGACUCGUGGAAUUAGAAUGAAUGCGCGUUUAUACACGGAGUGUUGAUUGGAGUUCGAUAGGCUGUUUUCGGGGCAUACAUCACCCACUUCAUCUCGCUGUUCGACUAAUCGCGAUUUUAUAUGUGUACAUGUCGGGGAAUCGUCACCGUGACGUUCGUCAAAUUUUUUUUAAUACAUUAAAGAAAGACGAAAAAAGAAAAAAGAAAGGAGAAAAAUGUGUAGGCAGCGCGUAAGAAUUGUUAGGCGAGGAAUAUACUUUUUCUAAUGCGACUCGUGAUUAAAUAUUUCAUUUUUCUACAUUACGGUGAAAUUGUGCAAUUUUAUUAUUACUACGAAAAUAUAUUUUCGGAAUUACUUUCGCCACCCUGCAAUCCUAGCCCCGACAUCAGUUAGUUUUUAGUGAGAAAAAAGAUGCCUUCCUUUAUGAUGUCAGUGAUGCAUAAAAUGAAUGUUGCAUUUCCAGUACUAACCGUUGUACAUUCAAAUUAAAAAAAUUAUGAUUUAUUUGUACAGUAUAUGUCUAUCGUCGUGCGAUUGUGCGCACCGUCGCGUUGCACAGAGUCUCGAUAAAGGAAAUUCGGUCAACGUGCCCGAAGUAAGCGUAUAUUUUUUAAAAACGGUAAUUAGAUUUAGUUGAAAGACUUAUGCAUAUAUAUAUAUAUAAACAAAUAUACAUACAGAACUAUUAAUUGGAUAGUGCUCUAUCAUUGAAGGAUGGUGGAUUCUAUCAGAUUGUGUUGUAUAGCAUUGUCUUUUGAAGUUUUUAUAAACAAGAGCGAACCUCUUUAUGUAAAAUUAUGUAAAAUUAAGGUCAUCGGGACGAUAACAGUUGACGAGGUAGAAGAAAAAUAAAAACACUUGUACAGGAAGCUGAACUUAUCCAAAAUUUUUAUUGUAUAACAUCAACGUUAUUGUGAUCCCGUAACUUACUUACGUGUGCAUUACGUACAUCGUCUUGCGAUCCUCGCACACACUUACCAUUUUAUGCAUCUGUAUAACUAUUUAAAUUUCACGAAAUCCCUUUCGGGCACACUACAAAUCAAAAUGCUCAAAAUAUCAAUAGUUGAAAAUUGAUACCAUUUUAAUUUUUAAUAUAAAAUUCUGCAAUUUUAUAAUUGCAUAAUUAGUUGCGUACAAUAUUCUUGUCGAUUUUUCCCUUCAUUUUGUAAAUGAUAUAUUUUUUGCAACCAUCGUGUGCAUUUGUGUAAAUAAUAAGAGCGCAAGAAUGGAUCCAAUGAGAAUAGCAACGGCUGCGAUACGUGGCGCCUUCAUUGUAUGUUAAAUUAAAACUAUACUGUAAAGAACAGAGCACAAACGUAUCCCAGCCUUAAGAAUGAUUGUAGUAGAAUUUAGAUUUUUAAGUUUCUCAAUAACAUUCAUCAUGCAGAAAAUAUAUAAAUAUAGUGAGCUGUGUUUAUAAUUUAUUAUACUACUGUAGUCGAAUAUAAAUCAUGGUGACAUGAACAAUAUACCGAAGAGUUUACUGUAUAUAUUAUAAUAAAUAAGUAAAUAAAGUAAUUAUAAUAAUAUUGCGAUAA